AUGGGUGUACACAUUGAGGUGGUCUCCCAACUUUUGGCGCUUGUACGCGCCGACCCGCGCGACGAACGCGCCGAGCAGCGGGACGUCCGCGCCGACCCGCGCGACGAACGCGCCGAGCAGCGGGACGGCCGCGCCGACCCGCGCGACGAACGCGCCGAGCAGCGGGACGUCCGCUCCAACCCGCGCGACGAACGCGCCGAGCAGCGGGACGUCCGCGCCGACCCGCGCGACGAACGCGCCGAGCAGCGGGACGUCCGCGCCGACCCGCGCGACGAACGCGCCCACCACUUCGCCCGUCAAUCCCGCUCCCGACGGCAUUUCGCCCGUCAAUCCCGCUCCCGAGGGCAUUUCGCCCGUCAAUCCCGCUCCCGACGGCAUUUCGCCCGUCAAUCCCGCUCCCGACGGCAUUUCGCCCGUCAAUCCCGCUCCCGACGGCAUUUCGCCCGUCAAUCCCGCUCCCGACGGCAUUUCGCCCGUCAAUCCCGCUCCCGACGGCAUUUCGCCCGUCAAUCCCGCUCCCGACGGCAUUUCGCCCGUCAAUCCCGCUCCCGACGGCAUUUCGCCCGUCAAUCCCGCUCCCGCGGGCAUUUCGCCCGUCAACGCAUUCAUUCACAUUGUCACCACGCUUCCGCACCCCUUCUAAGGGCCAUCCAGCCCGCCUCCCCCUUCCCCCUCGCUUCCUCCUCCUACAGGCCAUCCCCCCCUUCCUUCACCCUCAUUUCCUCCUCUCAAGGGCCUUCCCGCCCUCCUUCCCCCUCCCCUCCCGCUGCCGCCGCCGUCCCCCUUCCGCCGCCGCAGCCCUCCCGCUGCCGCCGCCGCCCCCCUUCCGCCGCCGCAGCCCUCCCGCUGCCGCCGCCGCCCCCCUUCCGCCGCCGCAGCCCUCCCGCUGCCGCCGCCGUCCCCCUUCCGCCGCCGCAGCCCUCCCGCUGCCGCCGCCGUCCCCCUUCCGCCGCCGCAGCCCUCCCGCUGCCGCCGCCGUCCCCCUUCCGCCGCCGCAGCCCUCCCGCUGCCGCCGCCGUCCCCCCUCCGCCGCCGCAGCCCUCCCGCUGCCGCCGCCGUCCCCCUUCCGCCGCCGCAGCCCUCCCGCUGCCGCCGCCGUCCCCCUUCCGCCGCCGCAGCCCUCCCGCUGCCGCCGCCGUCCCCCCUCCGCCGCCGCAGCCCUCCCGCUGCCGCCGCCGUCCCCCCUCCGCCGCCGCAGCCCUCCCGCUGCCGCCGCCGUCCCCCUUCCGCCGCCGCAGCCCUCCCGCUGCCGCCGCCGUCCCCCUUCCGCCGCCGCAGCCCUCCCGCUGCCGCCGCCGUCCCCCUUCCGCCCCCGCAGCCCUCCGCCGCCGCAGCCCUCCGCUGCCGCCGCCGUCCCCCUUCCGCCGCCGCAGCCCUCCCGCUGCCGCCGCCGUCCCCCUUCCGCCGCCGCAGCCCUCCCGCUGCCGCCGCCGUCCCCCUUCCGCCGCCGCAGCCCUCCCGCUGCCGCCGCCGUCCCCCUUCCGCCGCCGCAGCCCUCCCGCUGCCGCCGCCGUCCCCCUUCCGCCGCCGCAGCCCUCCCGCUGCCGCCGCCGUCCCCCUUCCGCCGCCGCAGCCCUCCCGCUGCCGCCGCCGUCCCCCUUCCGCCGCCGCAGCCCUCCCGCUGCCGCCGCCGUCCCCCCUCCGCCGCCGCAGCCCUCCCGCUGCCGCCGCCGUCCCCCUUCCGCCGCCGCAGCCCUCCCGCUUGCCGCCGCCGUCCCCCUUCCGCCGCCGCAGCCCUCCUGCUGCCGCCGCCGUCCCCCUUCCGCCGCCGCAGCCCUCCCGCUGCCGCCGCCGUCCCCCCUCCGCCGCCGCAGCCCUGCCGCUGCCGCCGCCGUCCCCCCUCCGCCGCCGCAGCCCUCCCGCUGCCGCCGCCGUCCCCCUUCCGCCGCCGCAGCCCUCCCGCUGCCGCCGCCGUCCCCCUUCCGCCGCCGCAGCCCUCCCGCUGCCGCCGCCGUCCCCCUUCCGCCGCCGCAGCCCUCCCGCUGCCGCCGCCGUCCCCCCUCCGCCGCCGCAGCCCUCCCGCUGCCGCCGCCGUCCCCCUUCCGCCGCCGCAGCCCUCCCGCUGCCGCCGCCGUCCCCCUUCCGCCGCCGCAGCCCUCCCGCUGCCGCCGUCGUCCCCCUUCCGCCGCCGCAGCCCUCCCGCUGCCGCCGUCGUCCCCCUUCCGCCGCCGCAGCCCUCCCGCUGCCGCCGCCGUCCCCCUUCCGCCGCCGCAGCCCUCCCGCUGCCGCCGCCGUCCCCCUUCCGCCGCCGCAGCCCUCCCGCUGCCGCCGCCGUCCCCCUUCCGCCGCCGCAGCCCUCCAGCUGCCGCUGCCGUCUCCCUUCGCCGCCGCAGCUCUCCCGCUGCCGCCGCCGUCUCCGUCGCAGCCGCAGCUAUCUCGCUGCCGCCGCCGUCUCCCUUCGCCGCCGCAGCACCCUCGGCUGGCUUGCCUCCUCAUCUGCAGCAGCCCCCCCCUCCCGGCUGGCAUUCGACCUCACCGCCGCCACACCCGUCGGCUGUUGGGAUGCCUUCUCCACAGUCGCCCCCUCUUUUCGGCUGGCAUGCCGCGUCAUCCGCCGCAUCUAUUACCGGGUCCUCGCUUCAGGGGUUGUUUGGUCUAGCCAUUUUCAUGCUAAGGGGUUGUGUUAGAAUAUAG